CACAUAAAUGGCUGGCGAGCCCAGCUGUGAUCAUAUGACCGAGCGAAGCCAGCGAGACAAGAUGGCUGCGUCCGAAGGAACCUUCUUUUGGCUGGGGAACGAAACCUUGAAAGUUCCGCUUGCGCUUUUUGCCCUGAACAGAACCCGUCUGUGCAAUCGGCUGAGAGCCAAGAGCGACGUGCCCCAGAAGUCCAUUGUCCUUCUGCAGGGCGGAGCACAGACCAAUAGAUACUGUACUGAUACUGGUGUCCUCUUCCGCCAGGAAUCGUACUUUCAUUGGUCGUUUGGCGUGAUCGAGGCAGACUGCUUUGGAGCAAUUGAGGUUGACACUGGAAAUGCCAUCCUCUUCAUCCCGAGGCUCCCGGAAAGCUAUGCUGUUUGGAUGGGGGAGAUCCACCCUCCAGAAUUCUUCAAGAAGAAGUAUGCAGUUGCUGAAGUACAUUUUACAGAUGAGAUUGCAACUGUCUUGGCUUCAAAGAACCCUUCUGUUCUUCUUACCCUGCGAGGAGUGAACACAGACAGUGGGAGCGUGACCAAGGAAGCUUCCUUUGAAGGAAUCAGCCAGUUUACUGUAAACAACAAAAUCCUGCACCCAGAGAUUGUUGAAUGCCGUGUGAUUAAGACAGACAUGGAGUUGGAAGUCCUCCGCUACGCCAAUAAAGUUUCCAGUGAAGCUCAUAAAGAGGUAAUGAAAGCUAUGAAGGUGGGCAUGAAGGAAUACGAACUGGAAAGCCUCUUUCAACAUUACUGCUACAACCGUGGGGGCAUGCGGCACAUUUCCUACACCUGUAUCUGUGGCAGUGGACAUAAUAGCUCUGUUUUGCACUAUGGCCAUGCAGGAGCACCAAAUGAUAAAACGGUUGAAGAUGGAGACUUGUGCUUAUUUGACAUGGGAGGUGAAUACCACUGUUAUGGCUCGGAUAUCACCUGUACCUUUCCAUCCAAUGGAAAGUUCACUCCGGACCAGAGGGCCAUCUACGAAGCUGUACUAAAGUCAUGCCGUGCCGUGAUGCAGGCGAUCAAGCCAGGGGUCUCCUGGCCUGAUAUGCACCGUCUGGCUGAUCGAGUCCACCUGGAAGAGCUCAAAAAAAUUGGCAUCCUCCAAGGCAGCGUAGACGACCUGGUGAAGGCUCAUAUGGGAGCAGUGUUCAUGCCACAUGGGCUGGGCCACUUCCUUGGCAUCGAUGUUCAUGAUGUUGGAGGCUACCCAGAGGGUGUGGAACGCAUUGACCUGCCUGGCCUCCGGAAUCUGCGAACAGCCCGGGCCCUAGAGGAGGGAAUGGUGCUGACAGUUGAGCCCGGCAUCUACUUCAUUAACAGUGUCUUGGAUGAGGCCCUUGCCAAUCCAGUUCAGGCGUGCUUCAUCAACAACAGCAUCCUUCCUCGCUUCCGAGGCUUUGGUGGGGUCCCAGAAUUGAGUUAGACAUUGCGCCAGAUAGCCGACGGGAUGGAGCUGCUGACCUGCGUCCCCCGCACUGUGGAAGAGAUCGAAGCCUUCAUGGCUGGAGGCAGCACCAAAUCCUUUGCUGGUAGCGCCAGCCAAAAGUAACCGCAGACUUGCUCAGAAUUGGUAUACCUGCAUCUCUGGAAUGGAUCCAAGUCUUCAUGGGAUUCACUAGGCUUCCAGCAGUGGUAUUCUUAAGACAGGGACCUUCAGAGAUUUCUAUUAUCAGUACUAACCAAGUGCCAAAAACCUCAGCCUCACCAAAUGCUUUUUGAAUUAUCAUGUUGCAUGUAGCCUUUGUAUGGUGGUGGUCUUUAAUUUUUAAGUAUCAAUCAUUUAUUUUUAAAGAAUCAGCAAUAUUCACCUUUUCUAACUUUUGGAUGGAUCGUGUUAGACGCAUAUUUGCUGGGAUGAACAAAUUACGUAAAAGUGUUGUUCUGAAAUAUU